CUCUCCCUCUCGAGAGGAUCCGUUCAACAUGAGCAGCAGGCUCCACUGAAUGAGAUAGAUAUAAUACAGGGAGCAGAUUGAACAAGACGAAGAACAACAUGUUUGCGCUUGACCAUGGAUGCUUUCUUGUAGUACGCUAGUAUCAGGCUCAGGGGCAGCCACUUGCAUCUGCAUCUGCUUUAACAUAAUGUCAAUGUGUCUUCAAUCUCGCUGCGCGACAAGCAAUAAACUAAGGGAGGUCCACCUGCUAGUGUUACAGCGAGCUGCAAUAUGUAGUUCGCUCUACUCCCGUAAGAAGAGCAUCCAUAUUCGUAUUGGUAGACGAUAUAAUGUCGUCAACGUCAAGUUGAUACUUUUUGCUUUCAUCUUGUCAUUGUUUUCUUUGGCGGUUCUGUGGCUAAAGGAGUUCUUGUUUGGAAACUGCGCGACACGUUUUUUCUUUGCGGUGCUCGCAAAAGCGCAAGAGCAUGACGAGGUCGUGCCACGACUCCGUACUAAGCAGACACAAAAACGCAGCCUCCCAACCACAUUUGCAAAUGAAUUGCAAAAGCAUGAGGUUCUUCCAGAAGUUUCGACAAGGGACCCGCGCUGCGCGUGGUUUCGUACGAGCCCAUCCAACGUGUCGAGCCUGCAGGUCGACUUGUGUCUCCGCCCAAAUGCUGAGGCUGUAUCCAACGCCAUCCGGCGCGACGGCGGCUGGAGCGACUGCGAAGAUGUGGAGCGCGCCUGGCUUCACGAGUGGUACUACGCCGAGGGGGAAAUUCUAUAUCUCCACAACAAGUAUAACGGAAGCCUGCCCCUCAUCCGUGCGGCGGACGGCCUCGAGAACCUCAUAUCCGCCGACGCUUACAUGCAACAGUUUCAACAUGGACUGUUUGCAGACAAGGCGAGGAAUCGCCGCGAUAUAAUUGGUGGUCCGCCAGAACCAGCAACGGUGGGCUCAUCCGCUCCAGAAGAAGCGAUUCGCACGCACCCGCCCGACCAGAAAACAACACCAGCUCUCAGCGGACAAGAUGACGCGCAGGUGGACCACGACGGCGCGACGGAAGCCUUGCCCCGGGACGAUGUCGUGGCCGACAUCGCCUUCGAGCCGCCGACAAUUCCCUACGCUGAUGAUGAAAUGGGACGCGGGUUGGAAGAGUUUUUUCCGUCGUUGCCCCAUACUCCGGCGAAUGCUCCGACGGCGCAAGAACUACUGCGGGGAGGAGAUAAGACGAACGAUAUGUCGACUGCUGGAAAGGAAGGUCCAACGGAAACAAGGAGCGCAGAGACAGACUUCGCAAUGCGUAACUUUCCGCGCUCUUUCUUGGAUCAGAAUCGUACCUACGUCGACGUGGGUGCGAAUAUCGGUUCGUGCCUCAUUCCGAUGCUACACAACCGAGACGUGCGUCGCGCCGUUGCGUUCGAGCCGGUCCCGGAAAAUCUCUUCUACCUAAAAGAAAGCCUCGGUGCCCUGCCCUCCUCGGUGAAGCGCAGGAAGAAAAUCCACUUGGUCGAAAUGGCGGCGUCCAACACAUCGUGGGGGACCAGAGUACUCUACAGUGAUCAUUGGAAUCGUGGCGACAGCGGAAUCGUCUUGCGAGGACAAGACGAGGAAAUAAAGCGAGGUGGGGCAAUGAUAAGUAGUGAUGUAGAACAUGAUGCUGACAACUCGGCGGCAGAAGAAGAAAAUCUGCAACAAAAUGCGACUCAACUACAAGUAGAGGACUUCGUUCAGUACAAAAACGGACGCCCACAAGAUAUCACGAAAACACACACGACCACGCUGGAUGUUAUGAAAAUGAAUACUUCUUGUUUUUCUAGUUUUCGUCGUCCUCUAAAAAAAGGAAACAUCAAAAGCACACAGAUGCAAAUGUUGAAAUGUAUGUGUGAAUGAGAUUUGCAACCAACUAGUGACAGAAGAUACCGGCGCUUUUGCUCCUUAUUCCGUUGUAAUUAGCGUUGCUGUGGAUGUGGUCGACGUCACAGACUCUCCCCCCGUCACUAAUAUUGAAAUGAGCAGCCUGGUUGAUGAAGCUAGAACUUUUUUUUGUUUGCGCGUACAGUCGAAACCUUUGGCCUCCACCAAGAGAUGUCACAUCAAGUACGCGGGAACGUCGGGAGCACGGCCAGCACCAGCGAUGUCCCUCUGACGCCGAGAGAGAUGAAUGUUGGCCGCUCCUUGAAUAUUCGCCUGUUGAAAAUCGAUGCACAGGGACACGAGCUUCAAAUCCUGCAGGGCGCGGAGAACUUGUUCUACCAUCGAUUUGUGAAACUCGUGAUGUUUGAACUCUGGCCUGCGGGUUUGUAUCAGAACUACGCCACUGCACGGGAGCUGCUGGACUUUUUCCUGGAUCACGACUACGGCCUCUUGUACAUUCCUAACGCAGCAAGUACCGGAGCCACUUACAGCAACAGCGGGCCGCGGGCUCUGGACCCCUUCUGGCUCCGUUCCGCGCGCUGCAUGGGCGAGGGGUACAGCUAUGUGACUAUGUACGCGCUGCGGGACGUGCAAUUGUCGCGGUGGCAGCAAAGAUGGCGCAGUCAGACGCUGUGUGCGGACGAAAAAAAGGAAGCUGGUAAAGAAACAGCACUGUCGUCGUGAAUGUUGGUAUCGCUUUCAUAUUGGCUCGCAGAGCUCAGCACGCUCCAGUUGUACCAGUUCCAGUUGCACUAGCGUCUUCUGUAAGUUCAAGAAGCUGAUCCUCCCAGUAGCAUUGCAUGUAGCAUCAAAGGACGUUCUUUACUUGUGAAGGACGAGGACGUCGUGAAGAUGCUUUGAAUGUGUCAAAUGUAAAACUACGUGCACCGGUAACGAGGCAGUGCUUGUAAUAUCUGCUUUAUGCAACAGGGUGGUUGUCGUAGAAGUUCUAGUUACUGUCACACCACGAAAUCGGUCAUCAUGAAUGCAAUUCAUCUUUCUCUUCCCGCCUCGGUGAUCUAGGCGAACGAAAAGGAGUAGAAGUAAAC